GAGUUAGAGAGAGACAGAGGGAGAGAGCAGGGCUGAGCUGCCUGCUGUACACUUCCUUUGUGGAGAGAGGGUGUGUGUGUGUGUGUCGGUCGUUCAGUGGAGCCAGAGUGGAACCGGUCACGAAUCAACAUGUGGGCUGAAGGUCCACAGACAGAGCAGGCUCGCCCUGCUCUGGGGGCUAACUGCUAAGCAUGCUGGCUAAAGCUAAGCCCACGACCAGCAGUCUCGACCUGGUGAACUCGGAAGUAAUUGACUCCGCGGCGGUCCCGGACGGCGGUAUCAAGAUGGCCGACCUUGUGGAGAGCCUGGACACCAGAGAGCUGGACCUAGGAGAGGGAGAGGAGAUCGACUAUGAGGGAAACUGCUUAGGGGACAGUCGCAUCCCGUUCUCGGCGGUGUAUGCCACGGUGGGCUUCAAGGAGGCCACCGCUACGGUCUACCUCCCAACCGUGCCCAUCACCGCUCGCAUCCUGGAGGUGGAGAGAUUCACAACUGCACAAGACCGCUUCAACCUGUCGCACCACAGGAGUGUCAACAAGUCCUUGCCGGCGGUGUUUCGGAUCGAGCUGAAGCACGGCGAGUUCACCUGGGUGGUGAAGAGGAAGGAGAAGCAUUUCAUGGAGCUGCACAGAGAGCUGAGGACGUACAAAACCUUCAUGAGGAUCCCGCUGCCGUCACGCAGCCACACGGUGAGGAGAAGGACGGUGAGGAAGAGCGAGGUGAGGGAGAUGCCCUCCCUGCCGAGGGGAGGGGGGGACGAGCUGGUGCGAGACGAGCAGGUGUCCAGCAGGAGGAGACAAUUAGAAGACUAUUUGAACAAGCUGCUGAGGAUGGCCAUGUACCGCAAAUAUCACCAUACUAUGGAGUUCAUUGACGUCAGCCAGAUGUCAUUCAUCCACGACUUGGGGCCCAAAGGACUGGAAGGGAUGAUCUAUAAGCGUUCGGGCGGACAUCGUAUCCCUGGCAUGAACUGCUGCGGUCACAGCCAGGCCUGCUACCGCUGGUCCAAACGCUGGCUGGUGGUGAAGGACUCGUGCCUGCUGUACAUGAAGCCGGACUCGGGUGCCAUCUCCUUCGUCCUGCUGUUGGAUAAAGCGUUCAGCAUCAAGAUGGACUCCAAAGACACGGAGACUAAACACGGAGUCCGGAUUGAUAGCCUCUCCAGGACCCUGGUGUUCAAGUGCAGCAGCUACAGACACGCUCGCUGGUGGGGUCAGAGCAUCGAUAGCUUCGUGAGGAGCCACGGGAAGGCUUUCCUCCAAGACCACCGCUUCAGAUCGUUCGCGCAGGAACAGGAAAACAUCCCUGCCAAAUGGUAUGUGAAUGGGAAGACCUACAUGGAGGAUGUAGCCAACGCUUUGGAGGAGGCUAAAGAGGAAAUCUUCAUCACUGACUGGUGGCUGAGUCCGGAGAUCUUCCUGAAGAGGCCUGUGGUGGAGGGCAACAGGUGGAGGCUCGACUGCACCCUCAAACGUAAAGCACAACAAGGAGUGAGGAUCUUUGUGAUGUUGUACAAGGAGGUGGAGCUCGCCCUGGGCAUCAACUCGGGCUACAGCAAGAGGACCCUCAUGCACCUGCACCCCAACAUCAAGGUGAUGCGUCAUCCCGACCACGUCUCCUCAUCAGUCUACCUGUGGGCGCAUCACGAGAAGAUCGUCGUCAUCGACCAGUCGGUGGCCUUUGUGGGCGGGAUCGACCUGGCGUACGGGCGCUGGGACGACAGGGAGCACCGGCUGACAGACGUCGGCAGCGUGACGCGCUCUGUGGCCCUCGAGCAGGCUGGCACCACCAACACCAACACUCCGUCCAGUAAGGGUGUGUCCUCUGUCGAUGGCGUCUCCACAAGCAACGGACGAGGGACGCCGCCUGGCGAACCCGUGGAACUGCCGAAGCUGAAGGGGAUCGGGCGCAACAGGAGGGCUCGCUUCAGCCUCUACAGACACCUGCAAAAACACACUCUGCAGCACGCAGACAGUGUGAGCAGUGUGGACAGCGCAGGGAGUGGUUCAGUGCGGAGCCUGAAGACAGGUGUUGGAGAGCUUCAGGGCAACACGCGCUUCUGGCAUGGAAAAGACUACUGCAACUUUGUCUACAAGGACUGGAUCCAGCUGGAGAAGCCUUUUGAUGACUUCAUCGACAGGUACCAAACUCCCAGAAUGCCCUGGCACGACAUCGCCUCGGUGGUUCACGGCAGAGCUGCCCGGGAUGUCGCCAGACACUUCAUUCAGCGCUGGAACUUUACUAAGAUCAUGAAGCCAAAGUAUCGUUCGCUGUCUUAUCCAUUCCUGCUGCCCAAGUCUCACACCAGUGCCAAUGAGCUCAGAUACCAGGUCCCCGACUGUGUCGACGCCAAAGUGCAGGUGUUGAGGUCGUCAGCAGAUUGGUCGGCGGGCAUAAAGUACCACGAGGAGUCCAUCCAUAAUGCCUACAUCCAGGUCAUCAUCAAGAGCAAACACUACAUCUACAUAGAGAACCAGUUCUUCAUCAGCUGUGCCGACAACAAGAUGGUCUACAACAAGAUCGGCGACGCCAUCAUCGGGAGGAUCCUCAGAGCGCACAAGGAGGGUAAGAAGUACCGCGUCUACGUGGUCACCCCUCUGCUUCCUGGCUUUGAGGGAGACAUCACCACAGGGGGAGGGAACGCUCUCCAGGCCGUCAUGCACUUCAACUACAGAACCAUGAUCAGAGGGGAACACUCCAUCAUCUCACAGCUGAAAAAGGAGAUGGACGACCACUGGAUGAACUACAUCUCCUUCGCCGGUCUGCGGACGCACGCCGAGCUGGAGGGCCGUCUGGUCACGGAGCUCAUCUACGUCCACAGCAAGAUGCUCAUCGCUGACGACAACACAGUCAUCAUCGGUUCUGCCAACAUCAACGACAGGAGCAUGCUGGGCAAACGUGACAGCGAGGUGGCGGUGAUUAUCGAGGACUCAGAAAAGGUUGCGUCUGUGAUGGACGGACAGGAGUACGAGGCUGGAGCCUACGCACUUCAGCUUCGCCUCGAGUGCUUCAGGACCAUCCUCGGAGGCCACACCGACACCAGCAUCGACCUGUCCGACCCCAUCAGUGAUCGCUUCUACAAGGAGGUGUGGAUGACCACAGCGGGACGCAACGCCACCAUUUAUGAGAAGGUGUUUCGAUGUCUUCCUUCGUCCCUGGUGAGGAACAUGGCCGAGCUGGAGCAGUACCAGUCCAAACCAGGUCUGGCCCAGACCGAUCUGGCCCGCGCUCAGGAGGAGCUGCGCAAAAUCCGAGGCUUCCUGGUCCAGUUUCCUCUGGACUUCCUGUCUGAGCAGAACCUCAUGCCCUCAGUCGGAACGAAGGAGGCCAUGGUCCCGACUGAGAUCUGGACAUAAAGGACGUGCCACUGAAUUGAACUGUUUCUUCAUAAUCCUGAGCGAAGUAUCCGGAUUGUGGUUGUCGUUAAACGCGUCAUGUUGGAUUUUUGCAAGAGAUCGCUUUCGAUCUGGAGAUGAGAUGAGUCUCCUCUGGGUUGAUACGACUGCUGGGAAUUGACAAAUCUCUGAAAUCUGGCUCUCUGGCGUAAGCACUAAGUUUUGGGAUGUAUGAAGAAUGAAUAAGACUGACUGCAAUUGAGGACAACUUCUGACUGCUCUGUGACUGCAUUCAAGCUGUGGAGAUUUAAAAAAAAAAAAAAAAAAAAAUCAAACAAGGCACAUGAACUUUUGGGUUUUGGGAAUCAAACUCUGGGCACUUAGACGUUUGGACUGUUUUGAAACGCUCAGAGGACAGCGAGGAUCUCUAAGGGACCAGCGUGAGGUGGAGGAAAAAUGUUUUCGACAAAGACGCGAAGGAAUAUCCGGCUCCUGGUUAGCAUUACCACAGAGCGCACGGAGAUGCCGGUGCAUGCCAUUUACUUGUGAGUUUGUGACGUGACGCUCGUGAGGUGCAUUAGUGCUUACGUAUGCCGUUUAUGAGCCUGCAGAAGAAGAGCUGUCGAGCCUGCGUGUGAGCUGCUUUAAAAAAAAAAAAGAUGUCUUUUCUGAGAUCUUAUCUGUCAAAUGAAUCCAAAACAUUUUCCUGUUUCUGCACACAGAGACACUUUCACUGAUUCAUCCGCGGUGCAUGAUUUGUUAACUGUGCUUCAGUCUCGUUAACAUGAUUGCUUUAAUGCAUGUGCCAAUCACAUCUCUGGAGGAACCCCCUCAGAGAGGAAUAUCAUAUUUCCUGUCAGAACAGACGUGAGGUUACGAACUCUACUGCUGAAACCAAAGCGUUGAGCUGACACGGGUUACAAAAGCUAACCCACCUCGGCUGUAUCGCACUGUGUUUAGAAGGAUGAGUAGAUAAAUGAGGGUGCAUGAUCAGAGGCGACGGCGAGGAUGGAUGAGACAAUCGGCCCCACAAACUCCAAGGUGUCAUUUCCUCUCUGCCCAACAGAUGGUGCUAGCUUCUUGCUUAUGGUCCUUGCGUAAUGCAGAUUUUGGCAGUUUUAAUCAGCGCUUAUGUGAGCAAUCAUCACACCUGUAAAAAAAACACAAAACACACACACAGCUCAAAGGAAAUUUCUUCAGAAGCGCAACAGGAACCUGACAGGUUUAUAGGAUCAAGUGUGGAUUAGGUAUGACAGGCUUGGGGCCAUCAUAAAAUAACAGCCGGAAAUCAGAUUCCUUGGAAUUGCAGUGUUUGGUUGUAACAUGAGACUUUGAAUACCUGCUGAUCCAAGAGUGACAAUGCCAGGUCACAUUCACACGCACCAGGUCCAUCUGGUUUCUCUUACAUUCAGCCCAAUUUAACGGCCUCUACCGUGGGAUUAGGGCCUCACAUGUGACUUCUUAUCGAUGGCAGUGGGAGAACAUUUUCCACUGUUGUUUCCACUCUCAACAAGCAUCCUCUCCACCACCAUCGUGAGGAUAAGAACACCAUCCUGUGCCCCUCCUCUCCACCGCGUCUCCUUUUGUUGCUCAUCUCGCUCCUAGUGGCCCAAAAACGUGACUUUUGAAAUGAUGCCAACACAGAAGUCAGAGCUGCCGUGAGCGUUGUCAUUGUUUUUUAGCUGACUUCCUGUCCGUUAGCGAUGCCCUCCCUCCUCUUCACGCUCCCUGUUGGCAGGGAUACCAAAAUAUGAAUUAAAACAUGUUUUUAGAGAGAAAAAAAUCACUUACAGCAGCUUUAAAAAUAUACAUAUUUUCCAUAGAGCCUGAGACGAAGUCUGAAUAUGAAGAUGAAGUUCAUGUUUCCAACUUUCUUGGCAGUUCCAGUUAUUUUCUUUACGGAGCUUUCAACUUGGACUAAACAUGAAAAUCGCUUCUCAGUGCAACACGUCGAGCAGAAAUUCAGCUUUUGCGAGUAUUCUUAUGGUACCUAUUGUUCUCAUUGCUAUGUGUGAAUGUAUGAAACCCUGUUUCCUGAUUUUGCUUUCUUUUUUUUUUAAUACAUCAUUUUUUUUACACGUCAUUCUUGUCAGAGGAUAUGUGACACUAAACAAACCACUUCUUUGGAGUCCGGCUAAUUACUUCUCACUUAGCUCAGUUUGUCAGAGAUCCUCAGUGUUACUCGUGAAAGGGAAGAAUCCUGUUUUGGCGUCGUACCCCAGUUCAUACCCCAGAGGUGUCACUCAACUGGAGCGUAUGUAACCGAAGCAGACAGCUGCAUUGUGGGACGUGAUUAAGAAAGAUUGAUUUCUUCAGAAUGGGACCAGGGCACGGACGAUUUGAAAACCGAAGUGAUGAUGUUUGGGGAACUUUAUGCUCUUUGUUUCUGCAAAGAUUCAAGGCAUUUUUUUUCUUUGAACUUGUAUUGAUUUUGACAUAUUGUCUGUAUUGUUUACCCCUUUUGCUGUAUUUGUCGGUGCAUUAUUUAUGGACUAUGAAUCAUUUAACAUUCUGGAAACAUUAAUGUUUUGAACAUGUGGCAUGGUUGCAUGGAUGGCCAUGGAUUUGUAACUGAACCUCUGUUGCUUUAACCAUCACGCAGCAGUCGUCUAUCAACAGUCUGUCCCCUUCAGCCUCAGUUUGGCUGCUCCUGCUUCCACUCGUGUUCAUGUACAAUAUCCUCUUUAUACACUUGAGAGUAUUUCUAAUUUCUCUCUGUUCAUUUAACAAAAAAAAUGUAACUCAUAAUUUAAAUGUCAAUAACAAAUAAAAUUAUCUUGGGAUAUUA